GUAAUCUUAUUUAUCGAGCGUUGAAUAACUUGGAACGCUGACGCGAUUAGUUUCUAGUCUUAAAACUUCCUCUAGUUUGUGUAAUUAAGACUCCGCUUUGUGGGAAGAUCUGCAACAGUGCUGGGCAUCCGCAAAUCUUGCUUAAGUAUCCAACAUGUUGCGCUUAAAUUUUCGUUCUGUUUUGGUAAGCGUUGUUUGGGUUUACUUUAUCACGCGGGCGCAAUGCUUCGCUAAUUUUCACAAGGAAGAAUCGAACCGAGGCUUGAACGAUUGUGAACGAAGAUGUCAGGAUUCAGUUUCCACGGAACCUUCCUCGGUGAAUGAACGCGUAAGUUUUUUCACUCCAAGAUUUUUUCUUUAAAUUGAGGGGGUUCAUCAUUUUGCGUGGGUAUUAAUAAUUUUCAAUUCUCGAUACGAAGUCAGUGGACAUCACAGGUGACACUAUGUUAAAAAAAGGCAAAUAAUGAAAAUCGAUUCUUGAAAAUUUUGUACAAUAUUAUCAUUUUUAUUUUCUUUGAAUUGUAAAGACUCGAUUAAUUGAUUUUCAAAGGGCGCGCUUCACGAAACGAACCCACAUUACAAGGAAGAAAGACUUUGAACAUACGUAUUUACAAGUUUGAUCAAUUAGAAUUUUGCAGUCGGUUUAAGAGACAAUUCUACGUUAAUCAUUCACAGUAUUGGUUUUUAAAGGAAGUUGGGCUUUCUCCGGUGUUUUGGUUUUUUUUUUUAUAUUAUGUAUUUAUAUACGGCGUUUCAACACCUAACAGACAUAGCUGAAUUAAUUAUCACGUCGGUUUUACCCGCACCAGCUUGUUACAGAAGGCUUAACUGAUAUGAGAAAAUCUAACUGAUUUUUUAUUGGCCCUUCUCUGACAUCGUUCAGUUUUUACAGCAGUGAAUGGUCCCUUCUCAUCUAAAACUGAUAGAAUGUCAUAGCUUUUUCUGGGAACUUUUCUGUAACGAGGUUAAAGGAAGGGCACUAAUUCCUGAUAUUAUUCGCAUCGAGGAUACUCAAAUUACGAGGUACAUGACAAGUCUAAUAGCGUGCCGUGUAAAUACGAGACGACAGGAUUAACACACUUUACCAUGUAUGUAGAAGUCGUAUCAAGUUCUUUCAAGACAUAGGACGCCCUGAAACUCAAUAACAAUUAUUCAGAUCGCAAGAUGAUGCAAAUUGAAAAAAAAGGCACGGAACUUUACGGACGAAGAAAACAACUAAAAAAUGAUCCUGGCCGGGAUGUCUUCCUCGGCCUAGUUCGUCCUUGUCCACGCUUACAAUCGGCUGGGGUUCUUUUCCGUCUCAUUUUCUUUGGCUGUAGCUCUAUCCUAACAAAAUUCAGAGGCCUUAGCUGCAUCGUGUCACCUGUGUUUGUUCGUUAUUUCACUUGCUAAUUUUAUGCCAGUCACUUCACUUUGUUUGACAAGAAAUUAAAUAUUUUCCUCUCGAUUUUCAGGACUCAAGGUUAUCAUCAUGUUUGGAAAAGUGCCUAUCUUUGAAUGAAGGUAUGGUGUCAUAGCUUUGGAAAGCGUACUGAAAAUUAAUGGGCAUAAUUUCAAACCUUUAUGUUAUCGCCACACACUGCAGAAGAUUUGCAAGAAUAACGAGCAUUUUUUUUUAUUGCAUUUCUUUCACACGUUGCAAGCAUUAAUGCUUUCUUGAGCCGAUUACAAGCUGAAUAUUUCCGUCACACUUAUCAACUGAACAAAGGAAAAAAAUCUGAGAAAUCUAGGCUCAUCUUUCUUUGGGCUGUGACUGACAGAAGUGGUACUUUUCUGCUUGCAUGAAUUUUUUUUUUGGAUCACGCACAGCAUAGAAUAAACAAUAAUCCUUUCACAAUAAUAUUAAUUACACAGAGAAACGUCAGCAACCGUUGCGCAACUUACGUAUAAUUAAAUAUUAGAGAGUUUAAGGUCUGCUCUCUUUACUAUAACUUUGCUUGAUAUUCCGUCCCCUUUAAGAUCUGAUAGCAGUAAGGGCAGGGAGCAGAAAUUUUGUGGAGAGGCGCAAUUUUACAAGUCGUUUUGAAUUCGGGGUUCAUUUUAAAAGAUAAGAUGAUCUGGGGGUGGUAGAUGGGGGAUGGGGGAUGGGGGGGGGGGGGCUCAAGGCGGUUGAGGAGGAGAAUUCCAUAAUCAUCAAGGCACUAUUGAGAUGAACUGUGACUUUCACAUCUCCUAUUAAUUCUUUUUCGCUUCCACUAGUACCUUAGAUGCAUCAAUAAAUAGAAAACUACCCCAUCAAAACAUUCACACGCCCACAGACAAAUAUUUACGAGCUCAUUACAGAUUUUUCGUCAACCGGUGCCUCAAAGAUUUUCCAAGAGUACGCGCACUGAACGCAAGUUUUCUCUUAUUGUAGCGACCGAGUCGGAGAACGAUGGAGCCACAACCUCUACUCCCGGCACACGCUCAACUUCUGAACUCUUGAACUCUGCAGAUCCGUCAACAACAACAAGUUCCUCUGAAAACGGUGCGAGAAACCUCUAUUUCAAUGUAACUGUAAUAAUUGUAAAAUGUUUGGUUGUUGAAUGUUGUUGAAAGCUUCUCUUAUGUGUAAAAUUUCUUUUCCGUUAAAGGUAAACUCGUUUUUUUAGUAGUGUCGUCGACGUUUGAAAUGUAAGUUUGUAUAAGUGAAAAUGCUCGGGCAUUAAAGAUGAAUAUUGGUUUUUGCCAAAUAUCAAGGUUGUUUAGGUUUCCAGGCCAACUUUGUGGUUUUAGAACAGUUUUCAAUAAAUGUCAAAGUUAUUCGAGAUCAUUGGUUUUACCUCGCAUCGUCAUGUGAUCGGCCUAAGAAAUCGCGCCACCCUCUCAAUCAACCAAUCCGAUGCAAAGCUGAAGCUAAUAGGGACUUGGUUACCCACGUUUUCACGCCCCUUCAGCAGGUUGCUUGCCUAUGUUCUCAGUUCUUAUUGGCUCAUUGUGAUAAUUAUCUUUCCGCUAAUUGCUUUCAACUAGUUCGGGUUUCACGACACUCAAUCGAUGUGUGCUAAGGUCAUUUUCCUAUUUAAACAAGCAUGCGAGUUUUGUCUGUUCAGUUAGGCAAAAUGCUACAUAGUACCACUUCCCGCGCCAAGAAAAUAACGCCAAACUUGUAUGGAUUAUUGUUGUACAGUAAUUGUCGCGGUAGUAAAACGCUUCUGUCCUUCUCGUCAUAGUCUGUCCGUACGGAGAUAAGUAUGCUCCCAAUCCAGAUGAAAUCGAACCAGGGAAUGUAAAGGAGGUGGAAGUAGACUUCGUAAAGAUGAAGGAAGGAGACAACCAGGAAUGGGUGGCGAGAGUGAAUUGGACACGACCAAAAGGUAAAAUGCGUUUGUGCUUGAGUCGCAUGUAGCGAGAUUAAAGGCUACUCUUGAGAACCUGUGUUUGUUCACGUUUAUAGAUAUAAACGCAUAAAGAAUGUUUUCUUCCGUGCAAAACGAUUACAGCCCUUCAAAAAGUUGAAGGAAAGGAGGCAUUAAUGAUAAAGCCCCUUAGCCGGCCGCGCGCCGAUGUUUCGUGCAUAAAAUUUGAAGAAGAAAGUAAGACAAAGCCUCUAUCUUAGAAUUAGCGAAAAUGAAUUGAAUAUACAAAAAGAAUAAAAAGUAGCUAGACUUUCCGAAAACAAAGUUUACUCUAGUAAUUACGGGUAUUCUUUUGUAUUACGCUUUUUCCAGCUUUAAUAAAAACCUUGCUCGUUUGUAAAACAUCCUAACUUAUUUGUUGAGGUUUUUUAGCUGGGAAGUACUGAGGCGGGUCGCCUAUUAAUCAUUUCAAUAAUCCUCCAUUUAGUGCAGACGUUUGAUCCCUGUGUUUUCCUAGUCGUUUUUGGUGCUGCAGUAGGAACCCAGAGAGCCGGUUAUGUACUCAAGAUCUAUCCCUAACCACGGUUUUACGCAAUGAGAGAGCCAAAGGCUCUCUCUAUAAGAGGGUUGAUUUAAUUAAAAAAAAAUGUCCUUCCACUGUUCGCUUUCGGCUCUCUUGACACUGUUCGCAAAAAAAUAUGUUCAUAUUAAAGAUUCAGCUGAAUUUAGGAUUUUUUAGGACGCGGUUUUGUUAAACUACGGUUAAACUUUGUUUAAAUUAUCAAUUAUUAUCUUAAUUAAUAAUUAAUUAAUAACUAAUUAUUAAAUAAUUAUUAAUUAAUAUUAAUUAAUUAAUAAUUAAUAAUUAUUAUAUUAAAUUAUCAAUUAUUAAAUUAUUUGUUUAAAUUAUCAGCCUAUAGAGUUUUGUUUAUUCACUAAUCAGUUCAUGUUAACCCUUGAACCCCGAAUCAAAAUUCAAAGUCGUUAGAAUAAAGGAAAUGAUGACGAAUAUUUAAGAAGCUCUUGAUUGCUUAACAAAUUCUCCUUAUCAGCACCUGAGAGAAUGUACAGAGAACAGUGUGAAGAGAAUGCAUAUUGAUAUCAAGGUGUAAAGGGUUAAGAAGUAUGAUUUCCUAGCGACCUGUCAUUGUUUUUCCUUUUUCUUUGGUUUUUGUAGACGUGAAUAUUACCUCUAACUGGCUUGGUUACAUCGUGAUAUGGUACACAGAAGGCCCAGACAACUCGGACGAAAUUUUUGGGAAUACAAGUUGCAAACUGGUGCCCAAGGUGAGAACAUUUUUCUUUGUACGUUACCAAAGAGUGCGAGCACGUCCUCACUAUUAGCACUUCGGUACGAGCAUUCCUUCGCUCGCGAGUAAGCCCGAAGCCAGCCUUGAGGAAUGGGAGUCGGCAAGAGGUCUGUAAGGGGUGUAUCACUGAAAAUGAAGUAGACCCUCGCAAAAAGUCUCCCCGACUCGUCUCAGGUCUUCCCGCGGGCGGAGAAACGGCGUCCUGCAGGGCUCAUGAUGAAGGUAUGCUUGCAAGCUACCACAGAAUUGAAAAACAAAUCGAAGAAAAACAAGCAUAAUAGACGAAGUUUUGCACAUAUAUCAGUUCAGAUGAAAUCCAGUCCUAAUGCUUGUUUUGAGUCACGAGCUCAGAGUCAUCCAGAUGUACGGUUUUUGUAAGACAUGGCGAGGUACUUCGUGAUAUUUUUUGUAAAAGUUAUUACGUAUUGAUGACCCGGGUUACGAAAAUGGCACCGGCUGAAUAAAAAGUCAAAAUUCAUCAAAAAUAUCUUGAUAGAAACUACCUGAAGCAUUAAGUUUAAAAAAUGUUUGAAGAUCUUCAUCUCCAAUUUUCUUUAAGGAAGCAUUCGUUUCCUUCUCGCGGCUAAACUCUGACUGUCACUCUGUAGUGGGAAAAAAAAUAGCCCAAUUAAUCACAAUUCACUUCCUGUUUGAAUUUAAGCCAAUAACGUUCUUACUUCAUGUUUUUUCUUCGCCUUUUUCAGACUAGACCACACCUUGACAUCAGCGAAACGGAUGGAUGGAAAUACCCCCACACUCUUUACCUUACUGUGAGUGAAUCCCUCUGUUGAGAUCUCAACGCGCCCAAAAAAUAGUUACAUCCCAGUCUCAGAAAUGAACUUGCUCCUAUUCUUUCAAGAUUUUUUUUUUUUUGGUAUGCUCUCACUCUGACUUUGCUUUUCCUUCUUCCCACCUCAAAUAGUUUACUACUCGCGGUGGAAAAACUUUUCCUUUAACAUCUUACAUGCUUGAAUUUUUACAUUAUUUGUAUCAUUACUUUUUCCCUUCAGGUUGUCGCUUUGCCCACCAAUAAACUUGAAUUCCCAUUGGAAGACUAUACACCACUCAGAACAGGUACUAAAGUAGACUGUCAUGUAUUCUGCAUCAAUUGCUAUUCCUCAAUAUUAAUUGGUUAAUUUAUUCAUCCAUCGAUCCAUCGAUCCAUCGAUCCAUCGAUCCAUCGAUCCAUCGAUCCAUCGAUCCAUCGGUCCAUCGAUCCAUCGGUCCAUCGAUCCAUCGGUCCAUCGAUCCAUCGGUCCAUCGAUCCAUCGAUCCAUCGAUCCAUCGAUCCAUCGAUCCAUCGAUCCAUCGAUCCAUCGAUCCAUCGAUCCAUCGAUCCAUCGAUCCAUCGAUCCAUCGAUCCAUCGAUCCAUCGAUCCAUCGAUCCAUCGAUCCAUCGAUCCAUCGAUCCAUCGAUCCAUCGAUCCAUCGAUUCAUCGAUCCAGCGAUCCAGCGAUCCAUCCAUAAAUUACUGCGUUCGUGCGUCCGCCGGUCCGUUCGUACUUUUUCUGUUCACAAUUGGUUCAUUUGUUAGUUAGGCCUGGAUUUCUUACUGCUGCCAUUUUCUCAAAAUUGUGUAUGCUUUUAGGUUGGAGGAAUGUGAAAGUAUACAGUCCAGCUAAUUACUCUGAAGGUAAUUAACAGUUUAGCUCCUUACCGCGUGAUACUAUCUUAUUUUUCUUGAUUUUAUGCUGAUAGCGUCUCAGGAAGAAAGGGCGACCUUGCCGUGACCUGAAUGAAAGAGUUAUUACGCAGUUGGCAGAACCACAUAAGAAUAAACUCGAAAGCGAAAACUCAAACCAUUUAUUAGCAAAGAUUCCGAUUAUAAUCCACAAAUUUUCCCAUGAUCGAACCAAGUAAACAUCCAAUUUUGACAGUAGAGUAGGUUUUCGAUGAACAGAAAAUUACACCUCAGCGAGCGAAAUUACAGUGUGCAUAAAAUACGAUAAAACUUACCGAAUGUUUCGAGUUUAGAGUGACCAACAACAACAACAACAAUUUUAGGUUACAAAAUAUGUCAGUACAAACACGACUAGCUCUUUUUCGACAAACACGUGGUCCAUUUCCUGAACGCUGACGUAAAAAUGUAGGCACGCAAUGGGAGCUACAAGAGUGAACAGGGAGAGGGGCGCCUCCCAGCAAUGUAAGCCAUAGAGUUAUGUGUCGCCCAAGUGGGUAUGUUUUUUGAGUGGUUAUGUUUUGAAAAAGGGUAUGAAAUUUGAAUGUGAUGGUCUUAAAUCGGAAAUGGUUUUCAAAGGAAUAACGAACAUGAAUUUAGGUCUUUGAUUGGAAAAAAAAGAAAGAGAACUGACCAAAAUACAUCAUUCGAGCUGAAUUUUCAAAUGAGUUUUACCAAUUCGUGGCGCUCUGAAGGGGGCCUGAAACACAGCAGGAUAGGUUUAAAAAUGAGGUUUAAAAAGGGAUGUUUGGGGCUGGAAAGGGGUUAGGAUUAAUAACCCCAAGAGUAUAACCUGGGAUUAAAGAUUCUCUUUUAUUUCUCAAAACUUAAAUCAAUCAUUUGUAAAACUAAAAGCAAUAGUAACUUUGUCGCCCGCGUUUUCCCGCGCUUUAGGCAGUUUGGUUGUUUUUUUACGUUGAGUUCUAAAUGGCCCUUAAAGAUAUUUUCCUUUAUUUUAAUUGGCCUUUGUGGUUACUUUGGUUUUUGCUUUACGACACCCAAUCCAAUAGCGCUGUAAGAGCCAAUGAGAACAAAAAGUAAAACCGAGAAAAAUGCCUAAAGCGCGGGAUUGGUUUAAAUUUUGCAUCUGAUUGGUUGAGAGAGUGGCGCGAGUUUUCUGGACCAAUCACAGAGCAAAUUAAAGCAGAAACAAAGUAAUCCCGGAUUACUUUUGACGCUCAGUUGAAAAUUGCUCCAUUUCACUGACCGAAAAAGUGUUUUAUUGAAACUUUUUUACUAACAUGCAUCAAAUAUUUCAGGUAAUAAAAUUUUCGAAGAGAAAUCCUUUCUGAUGAUUCUUGCUGGAGUUUUGACGGGCUUUUCCUUGAUUCUGAUUGUGUACAUCUGCGUUACCAGGCGAAAGGCCUGCACCAGGGGCAAACUGGUCUUAACAACCGAGAAAAAAGCACGAGAGAAAGAAGACGAGCUAAAGAGUGAUCUGUUUGUGAUUCAAAACCCUUGUUCUGAUGUUAAGCAACUCGUGUAGUUUUAUGGCUUUCACUGCGUUUAACGUGUAUAUUUUAUGGGAAAUUUUUAUACUGUUAAUAUAAUACGUGUUUUUCAUAAGUUUCUCUAAGCCGCAAGGCGGUUUGAUUUCCUUUUUCAUCAACUUUUAUGAAAAGAGGUAAACAGGAAUAUAUUAAAAACUGAAAAUAACAGGAAGUUUUUAGCGUACUUAAAGAUCUCUCUCAUCAUCUUAAAUGCAUUUAAAUCUUUGUAUUGUUCUAGUUAAGCUAUACAAAGAGAAACGAAGAGUUUCUUCUUUCUUCUCAUUGCUCGGGGCUUGAAGAAAUCGCGAAGAAAGUAACUGGCUUAGUUGGUCUGAAAGAGAGGGGUAGUUUUUAUGUUUGAAAUGGUCUCGGAGUUUGCUUAUACUUUUAUAUUCAUGUAUUGUUUAUCAUCAAAGCUACGCUUAAAGAGAACCAGUCGUGACUUGGCAAUUAAACCACCCACAAGAUUAGGUCAACAAUAGUGUUAUAAGCAAAAGAUUGUAAUCUUGGUAGUUACAG